GGGGGGCGGGGGGCGGAAUUUAUGGACAGAAAACCACAGUUGUUCUGGCUUCGCGCUGUUGUUUAGCUGGACUGCUGGUGAGGAGGACUGUAAGCUAUAGUGCUAUAAAAUCAGAAGACUGUAAGCUAUAGUACUAUAGCAUCAGAAGAGGACUGUAAACUGUAGCACUAAUUGAAUCAGAAGACGAUUGUAAACCAUAGUACUAUAGAAUCAGAGAAGGACUGUAACCUAUAGUACUAAUAGAAUCAGGAGAGGACCAUAAACUAUAGCACUAUAGAACCAGAAAAGGUGACCCAUUGAAACACUGUAAUAGCUAUGCCGAUUUCAUCUUUAACAGUUAUUGCAAUAUUCAUGCAAGCCUCAUCGGCUGCGUCGUCUCCGAUCGCCCUAGACGCAUUCGAAGUCUCUCCUCAUCAGAUCGAGAGACAACUGGACGAGCUACUAGAACUUUUCGAGGUGGAGUGGGAGCUGGUGAAGAAAGACCUCGAAAAGGACUUCGAGUCCCUUCCGAGGAAAGUCGAGGAGAGAGAAACUAACGGUGUAGCUGACAAUGGAAGCCUCCAAGACGCUCCAAGAACGUCACUCGGAGACUCUCCAGUGGGCGGGGAUGACCACAGAGCAGCAGCAGCGUGGGCGGUGGGCGAGACCAAUUGGCGUCGGGGGAGACGACAGGCGCCGCCCAACACCAUCUACAGGCGCCCUCAGGCGCCACCACGACCCUGCAGGAGGAAGGACGGCACCAGCGCCGUCUUCACCGGCAGCAACGCCAUGUCUUACAUCAGCUUCCUGGCCAACGUCAUGGCGCUCGUUCUCAACAUCAACAACAACGUCAAUAACAACAACAACAACAACAACAUCAACAGCAACAACAACAUCGACAACAACAACGCUAACUUGAACAUCAAUAGCAACAAUGUUAACCAGGUCAACAUUAUGCCACCAGGGGGCAGGCGCCGUAGGCGAAGGAAUUCCGAUGCCCAAAAAUCAUUGACCUGUCAGCCUCGCGACAAAGGAAUGGUGGAACUUGUGCUCGACACAGCAGUGAAGGAGGCUUGGAGAUCUUUAUCCAUAGAAGCUCAAGUUAUGUGAAGCACCUCUCCAACAUGAUCUCAUAUUUAGGGAGGAUGAUAUUGUAUUUCUAUAAAUUAUUGGUCUUUUUUGUGUGAAUAAAAGGACAAGACAAAA